GGGAAAGGGUAGGCGGCGGAGCGGCGCAUGCGCCCUCCGACUCCCCGCGGGGCGCUAUGGAAGCCGCGCGCGGCCGCAACACCUGAGGGCAGGAUGAAAGAGUGGUGGAUACAGGUGGGGCUUCUGAGUGUGCCGCUUCUGGCUGUCUACCUGCACAUCCCUCCCCCAAAACUGUCCCCAGCCCUUCACUCAUGGAGAUCGUCGGGAGGAUACUUCACCUACAAGGCCCAGAACAUCUUCUACAGAGAUUCGACGGGUGCAGUCGGCAGCUCUGACAUCGUCAUCCUCCUGCAUGGCUUCCCAACCUCCAGCUACGACUGGUACAAGAUUUGGGAAGGGCUGACUCAGCGGUUUCACAGAGUGAUCGCCCUGGAUUUUGUGGGAUUUGGCUUCAGUGACAAGCCACGGCCCCAUCGCUAUUCCAUUUUCGAGCAAGCCAGCAUUGUGGAGAGGCUGGUGGGGCACUUGGGCCUGCGAAACCACAGGAUCAACCUCCUGUCUCAUGACUAUGGGGACACGGUCGCGCAGGAGCUCCUCCACAGGUACGAACAUAAUAAAACUGGAAGCAUCUUGAUCAACAGCCUCUGUUUGUCCAAUGGAGGAAUUUUCCCAGAAACCCACUACCCCAGGUUCAUUCAGAAGCUUCUCAAGGACGGUGGCUUCCUGUCCCCCAUUCUCACCCGGCUAAUGAACUUCUUCCUGUUCUCCAGAGGGCUUGGGGCAGUCUUUGGACCAUACACACAGCCUUCGCAGGCAGAGUACUGGGACAUGUGGACAGCCAUCCGGACCAAUGAUGGAAACCUCGUCGUUGACAGUAUUUUACAGUACAUAAAUCAGCGGAAGAAGCACAGAGACCGCUGGGUUGGGGCUCUGGCCUCCACCACCGUCCCACUGCAUUUAAUCUACGGGCCCCUGGAUCCUGUGAAUCCGUAUCCAGAGUUUCUGCAGCUUUACAAGAAGGUGCUUCCUAUGUCCACGGUCUCUGUUCUCGAUGACCACAUUAGCCACUAUCCACAGCUUGAGGAUCCUACGGGCUUCCUGAACGCAUACUUGAACUUCAUUAACUCCUUCUGAGCACCAGCAAACUCUGGCUCAGGUCUGCUCUCCAUUUCUGAACCAGGCAGUGGUGGAGCAGAUGCAGACUUUGUUUCCAGAUCGGGCGCUUUAAGGCUUUUGGCUCAGGCCGCGACAUCCACGUUUACAUCUGAACCUUCUGAACGUGGGGAGGACAAGCCAGCAGGAUGGAUACUGUGUGCCUUCCUACACAUAUCCAACCCAUUUCCUAUCCUGCCAGAGCAGCUGGGCACCAGGAAGUGAGAAUGGGGUUGUAUAGGGGGGCAACAUCUCUCAAGUUGCUCCGGGAGUCUUUACCUGUCUUACCCCCAGAAGAUGCUGCAGAAAAGUAGCUCUUCAUUGAAAACCACGCACCAAAUCGCUUGUUUCCAAAUCCUAGCCACGUGUCUUUUCUCCUCCAUGCGUGCAAACUGAGCCGUUGCACAGACAAGGUUGAAAUGACUCGUCUGUGUUGUUUUAAAGUGUUACUAACCCUGAGUGUCAGGAUUUAAAAUACAUGAAAGCAAUCUAAGGGCUUAUCAACACUGAGUGUCCUUCCCUCGUUGAAGCAGCAAACCCCUCAGUCUCUAGACAGUUAAAUUGCUGCGGCUGGCAGGUCAGUGUAGACCUGCCCCAAGGCAGCACCUUGGCUUCUUGCCAUGCACCCAGUUUUGCUAAUUUUCAGUGCCAUCAGGCAGUAAUGAAGAGGCCUGCUCUAACCCAUGCUGGCCUACAAGAGGUCCGUAUGCUCUGCUUUAGCACAGUUGAAGCAUCGGCCUGAAGCACAAAGGCUCCUUCCUAGAAGCUUUAGUUUCAGCUAACUUGAAUUGCUAAUGACAACUGCAGGACUGGCAACAGCAUCACCAGCGAGUUCUUUGGGGCAGCUGCUACUUAAAAAUCACAGGUUUGCCACUUAACCCAUUUUCCUAGCAGGGGCUGGGAAAAACGACCUAGAGCUUCAUUCAUCCUGGUUAGGUAAGCAAUUCCACUUUGAUUCUGCAAACCUCACGUAAAGUGCUUCCUGUGCCAAUGAACAACUCUUAGGCCCAGCUCAUGAGGAAAAAACCCCAACAACUGGCCCUUGACAACUGCAUGAAGGACAUCAGUGUCUGUUUUUAAGAGGCAGGGCAUUUAACUAGGGAGCACCAAUGCUUUGCUUUAGGCUUAUGCGUGAGAGGGGUAAUUCAUAACCCAAUUUAACCUUAAUGGGGCAUUGAAGUCUCUAGGCUUUACCUGGUUUUGGUCCAAAAUGCAUGCUGCAUGUUGGAGGCAAGAAUUCUUGCGGGUGAUAUUUUUUAAUCGAACCAACUGCAUGGUUAGGCAACAUAGGGAGUGUGUACACAUUCAAGUCAUAAAAUCAGAGGACCAGAAGGGACCUGUAAGAUCACCGAGUCAUGGGCAGGAGGUUAUUGGGCUCAAAAUGAUCUAGGAGAAUUCUUCCAGAUUUGUUCUCUUGGUAGAAAAAAAAAAAAAAAAGUUACCCACAACCACAGGUAGACAUUCGAAUGCUGAAGCUCAGCAAGCAUGCCCUGCAGGCUCCCUUAGUCUUCCUGAUGACAGAUGGCAGCAAUGCAGAGAUUAUCUGCCCCAGACUGCCCAUGGUCAACUUGUGUUAUUAGCAUGUACAGACAUUUGUUCUCUUAAGAGAAAGGCUCCUGGAAGUGAUUUAACCCUGGGGUUGAUCCCAGGUUAUUUUUCUCCUGGAGUGGUCAUUUUCAUUCUGGGAGACAAAGCAUGAACAUGUGUAUGCUCAUGGUUUCUCCUGGGACAGUUAUGAUUUUCCCAAGGCAAACUGAAUGUCUGUAGGAGGCCUCAGGCAAGCUUGUGGGCAUCACAGUACCCUUUCCUCAGGCCUCUGGGAGAUAACACCCACAAGAAUCGCUGCCUCUCAUAGUUCCUGGACCACCAUGGCAACACCACCACCUCAACACUACCAAAAUAUUCUGUACGUUGGCCUUUUUCACAGGAACGGGGCUGGGGGAGAAAAGACCCAUUAAGUUGAUUCUAAAGCUGCCUCAAGAGCUAUCGCUUUGUGAAAUUGCUGGGAUCUCCCAAUACCCUUCAAUAACAAGAGUUUCCUGUUGAAUGAUGGGGUGUACGUUUGUUGGGCUGCUUUUCCCGUUCUGAACUGAGGUUUAUCACAAGCUCAACCGAGCUUCUGGAGUUCUCUUAACCCAGGACUGAGAAAAGCUAGAGCAACAGGCAUGGAUUAGAGAGUGUGCACUACUACUGUGGUAGUGUAGAGACUUUAUUUUACUAGGAGCAGUUUGAAUCAGGAAUCCCACAACUGUGAACUGGAAGAAUCCAUGUUUAUUUUCUGUUAUUAAAAAUCUCUUUUGACAAAA